ACCGCCUGCUAAAAAUACCCGGCUGGACUCCAAUAAAAGCACAGCCGGGGCUCCAGUUCGGCACUUCUCGGAUCUUCAGCCCAGAGCUUCUUGAUCCUCAGCCCUGACCAAACACAGCCAAGAACAUGACCGAGCGCCGCGUGCCCUUCUCGCUGCUGCGGAGCCCCAGCUGGGAACCAUUCCGGGACUGGUACCCGGCCCACAGCCGCCUCUUCGAUCAAGCCUUCGGGGUGCCUCGGUUGCCCGAUGAGUGGUCUCAGUGGUUCAGCACCGCUGGUUGGCCCGGCUAUGUCCGCCCGCUGCCCGCUGCGACCGCCGAAGGACCCGCUGCAGUGACCCUGGCCGCGCCCCUGGCUGCACCCCUGGCUGCGCCCGCCUUCAGCCGUGCGCUCAACCGGCAGCUGAGCAGCGGCAUUUCGGAGAUCAGGCAGACGGCUGAUCGCUGGCGCGUGUCCCUGGACGUCAACCACUUCGCUCCGGAGGAGCUCACGGUCAAGACCAAAGAAGGCGUGGUGGAGAUCACCGGCAAGCACGAAGAAAGACAGGACGAACAUGGCUACAUCUCUCGGUGCUUUACCCGGAAAUACACACUGCCUCCCGGUGUGGAUCCCACCCUGGUGUCCUCUUCCCUGUCCCCUGAGGGCACACUUACCGUGGAGGCUCCGCUGCCCAAAACGGCCACACAGUCAGCAGAGAUCACCAUUCCCGUCACUUUCGAGGCCCGCGCCCAGAUUGGGGGUCCGGAAGCUGCGAAGUCGGAUUAGUCUGGAGCCGAGUAGAAGCCAUCAGCCGGAUGCUCAUCCCCAGUAGCCACCACUGGUCACCCCUCUCUGUCAAUCUGUAUGCUCUUUUGAUACAAUGUACUUUCUGUUUUUCUCAAAUAAAAGUUGGAAGCUCCUGCUU